UGAUACUCAUAGCAGCGGCGGCGCAUGUUUCUCCGCUGAUCUGCUGGAUCGCGCGGAAGUAGGGGCAGCAGCAAUCCCGCUGUCGCCACGUGGCUCGAUCUGCAGGCCUUCGUUGAUCUCUGGGAGCUGUUCUGGUGCAUGUGGUCGGUGCUUGUGUCCCCAUGCGUGGUUGGGGGGCGACUCACUGGUUGUCGGAAACUGCCGCGCGCUCCCGCACAGCGGCGGAAGCGGUCGCACGACGACCGUCCAGCUGCGGCGCGCUUCCCGGCGCUCUGCCGCGCAGGUUGCUCCGCCUCGCGUUCGCCUGCGCAUCCAGGGAGAUGACGACCGCGGCUGCCGCCCAGGUCGCGCGGCUGGUCGCAGCACCUACUGUUUGUGCGACCAGUAGUCACGAUGCCAGCGACCGGCUGGUCAAUCUCUCGACUCUGAGGGUCGGUGCUGCGACUCUCUCCUCCUCCUCCUCCGCCUCCUCCUCCUCCUCCUCCGCUCCCCCUCAUUCCCCUGCUGUGGGGACUUGCGGUAUUUGCGCCGGCUUUUCUUCCGCUCGUUUCUGCGCUGGCCUCGCCGCCGCCGCCGCUGCGCGCCGCGUCAGGUCCGCUGUGUGUUUCUCCGACGAGAAGGCCAAGCUUGCACGCCAGUAUUCUCCUCUCUCUCCCUCUCUUCUUCCUCCAUAUCCUUCUCUCUUCUCCUACUCCGCCGCCAUAGCCACCUCUUCCUCUUCUCGGGUAGCGGCUGCGACCGGUAGCGGGGAAACGUCGCCGCCGACCACGGGGGAGUCCUUCGUGUCGCUCGACGAAUUGCUACAAGAGGUCCGAAAGCGACAAAAAGGGAGAGAGACGUAUGAUGGGAGCUGUUAUGCCAUCCUGUCCCGGAUUCUGCGGAAAAAGGAUGGUGGUGAGAAGUCCGUACCCUAUCUUUCACCCGAACAGUUUAGAAACGUCUUGGCUGCGUAUAAUGAAGCCCAACCUAUUACCACAACAGUGAAAACAAUGACUGUCAGUGAGUUGAAGGCUGCCUUAAGCAGCGAUGAUAAGCCUUUUGUGGUGGAUGUGCGGUCCCCAGAGGAGUAUGCACAAGGGGUACUCAAUCCCCCCUUCGCUGUCAGCAAUCUGGAGUUUACUGCGCACUAUGAACUGAAUUACAGUCAAUCCACAGGUCAAGGGGCAGGCGCCCCAGUUGUGCUAUGCUAUGUUCAUGCGAAGAAGCACGAACCUGAUCAUAUUUACGACCAGGAGUCUGAGGGAUUGACUAAUGCGAUCAGUGUAGCUGGUGGAACCAGUGGAUGGAUUCAGGAAGGCUUUCCAGUCAAGCAACCUCCAAAGGAUAUCACUGUCCAGCAGCUGAAGGACUCACUGGCAAGCCCCAAUCCACCAUUCGUACUCGAUGUCAGAUCUCCCGAGGAGUAUAAGGAGGGGUGGCCGAAGUGCAAAGGCUGUUAGUGGACUCAAGGACUCUCCAAAACUCUUGACACUGUUCAAUGUGACCGGCGGCACUACUGCUUGGAUUAAAGCUGGAUUUGCAGUUGAGCAUUAGCUACACUGUGGAGAUCCAUUUGGAGCUCAUUUUCCAAAUUGGAGCCAUUGAUUGACUGUCAUCAAGCAUUGAGAGAUUAAAAAAGGGGGGGAAAUACUCAACCCCCCCCCCCCCCCCCCCCCCCCCCCCCCGCAAAAAAAAAAGGAGGGGGAGGGGGCAAAGGUAACAGCAGUCACAGGGAGCUGUUGGCAAUUGGUACGAUUACGUCGAUUAGUCUUUGGAAAAGCCUUUUCAGCUCUGUGCAUGGAUGAAUUACAAAUUUGAAAUUUGCCCUCUGAAAAGCCUGCAAGGUUGAUGACAGCCAUUGACAGGUACACAACAGCUGCCUGCAUUGUUCACCCGUGCUAAAAGGACUUCUUCUUCUUCUUCUUCUUCUUUUGUUUUGUUGAAGGACUCCACCUGUUUUUUUUUUUUUUUUUUUUUUUUUUUUUCCCCUAACAAGACUCCACCAUUUCACACAACUUCAGAAGAUAAGGGAAAAAAAAGAAAAAACGGCAGCUAGGGAAAGUCGGCAAAUAUGACGACUGGCUGAGACAGCCUGUGUCGUUCUUUGUCUGUCAUCAAGACCUACUUCGGGGCUUUCAGCCGUGAAAAACUUUGAGGUUUCCUGAUUCGGGAAGCAACGAGAAUUGGCAGGUGGCUUCGUGUAUACAUCUGUGUGCGAGUUGCGCGCCCUAUUAAAGCCUGAGUGCCCCAGCAGGGGUGCCCAGGCUUUUUGGGGACGAAGCUAGUUUUUGCUACCGGCUCUCCCUGUCGUCCACCAUACCCCACCCUUCUGUUGACGUCAACCCUAAUUGCUAUUUUCAAGUUCAAACUGAAGAGAGGCCUUAGAGGGCCUUCUUCUUUCUUGCUUUCUUUCUUUCUUUCUUUUUUUUUUUUUUUUUUUUUUUUUUUUUUCCUAAGACAAAAGCUGCUUCUAUUCUGGGGGCCAGCAGUCCGGUUACUUAUCACCGGCAAGGAUGUUUGUUCAUCCAAAGAAGGGGGGAGAUCAGAUGAGAUAAGGGGAACAGCCCAGCCCUUGUGGCAUCGAUUGUCUAUCGAGGGGGGACCUGCUAAAGGGGAGCCACCCCCCCAAAGCAUGGUCUUUCUCUGGGGGCCACCCUGCUGGCCAGGAGGCUUCCUAGCAGCACCCAGACACGCAGCAGGGGGCCCCUCAGAGAGACGGGGUGUGGGGAGCGGCCUCCUCUGUGCAGUUCCUCAGGCCGUCUAUCAAACUC